AUGCUUCGAAUCAAGCGCAGCGUCCAGGCCAUGUUCUCUCAGGCAGCCGAGGAACAAAUGAAGUCUGAGGAAGACAGGAAGCGCAAGGGCGGUGCGUUGGGCACAGAUUCAAAGCGACAGCGAGUCACGGCUGAUGCCGAGACUGCUCGCAAGGAGUUGCUAGGCAAGUUCGAGCCCGCGGAGGGUUUCGAGGGGGCGCGGGACGGCUUCAUUUUCAAGCUUGGCAUCAAAGGCUUGGGAUACUACGAGGACUCCUCGCUGCGAGAAAUCGAAGCCAGAUCAGCUGCGGCAGCUGCAGCCGAGCGGAAGGCCCUGGCCGCUGAGCGCAAAGCUGCGGAGACCAAUCCGGAAGAGAUUGAGCUUGACCUGGACGAUGAUGAGGAUGAUGCUCCUGAGCCGGCGGCUGCACCAUCUGGACCUGCAGCACCGAUGGCCAGCAACACGGAGGAGCCUGAUGCGAGUGAUGCGAGGAUGAGGAUUUUGAAAAAUCUUCUAACAGUCCUCAUUCAUGACUGCCAGGAGAUCGAACUCAAUGUUGAAGACAUUGAUGAAGCUCCCAUUGCACCAGAGGUACCUGAGACAUGGAACUAUGAGAUUAUCAUGUGUGCUCCCUGCAAUUGCCAGGUCUUUGGAAGCGGGCUCUCAAGUUUGCGGGCAAGCCUGCCGGACCUCCGGCAGACAACUUGA